AAGAUGGCAUUCCCCAGAACUGUCACAGCCGAUUGACAUCUGGGAUAUGUUAUUAUGUCAUCUACACCGUGCUUCUAUGAAACCAAAACAGAACUUUGUAAACAAUCAACCAAUGUGUCUUUAGUAUUUGUGUAAACUUCAUUCGCUGCUUGUAAUUAUGAGGGUGAAACGUAGUAGUAGAAAAGAUCAUUUCUUACGCGAAAUAUUCCGUCGUGAAGUGGGCGUUCGCUGCUCUUACUGGUCAAAUAUGUGGGCACUCCGCCAUGUGACAUUUGGUCCUCAGAGGCGAUGGAAGCAAGUUUUCAGAGGAAGAGAAACCUCCCUUUUAGAGUUUAGUGGUGAUUUGAUGUGGAUCACUGAUCCAUUCAGAAUAAAAGUGAGACAAGAAAGUAUCAUGCAACGGAUUUGUAGAGAUGGACGUGUCAUGACAGUAUUUCAAACAGAUCUUGUUCCUCGCCCAAAAGAAGUCAUAGUGUAUGACAUAUCAGAUCCUGUUUAUCGCUCAGAAUACCCUCGGAAAGAGUAUCGCCCUACUAUUUUGGCUCUAAGGAAAGGAAACAUCCUCACACGGCAAGACAUGUUUACAGGUGAAACGUAUGAUAGCACUUACUUAGGAGAAAUGAAGGCAGCUUCAAUGAGUUCUAGUUUUAUGCAAGAUUUGUUGAUUAUCAAGUCUGCAAAACUCACCUUUGACACUGGAAAUGAACGAGAGUACUUUUUUCAUUUUAAAGUCUUUCAGAUGCAUCCAUUUGGUCUCAUUUCAUCAUUUAGAAUUGAUGGCUCAGUUUUUCCAGCCCACCCCCAUAAGCAUUCUUAUGGUAAACUGAGGAGUGUUGAAGUCCAUGAUGGAAUGUUGCUGGUUAUGACAAAAAGAGAAUUUACUUUGGUGUAUGAUGCCCAGAGUAUCAUAGAGAGUAAGAGAGUGAAAGGUAACGAGAAUAACAUUGACUUCCUAACAAACCCUGAGAGAGAUGAAUUGGUUACUAAAGCUCCACCUCUUCUCUUUGCUACCCAUGCCCACAUGGACAUCCUAGAGAUGGGAGCAUCCCCGUGGACAUACAUACGGGCAGUGUGUGAUAAUCAUCUUGAGGUUCGAGAUCUGCAAACUGGUUCAUUACUGCUUGAUGGUCAAGUCAUCUGGAGAAGUAACUGUGAUCAAGAGUUAUCGCCUGACUAUCUUAUGUUCUUUCCAGAUGAUUCCAACCGUUUGGUACACGUAAAGACAAACAGACUUAGGGUGCUGGAAAUCAGAGAAAAUGAUGAUCCAAAAAAGACGGAAGGGCCCAGAAAAUUGGUUGAAGUCUUUACAUACCCAGCAAAGGAACUGGAGUCAGACACAGCCCCAGAAGCUGUGUAUUCACGUUCAGGACGAAUUGUGAAAAACAAACUCACAUUUGAUCUUUCUUUGAACCGAACAGUGGCUUUUGAUGUUGAAACUGAUUUAAUGGUAAUGGUCAUUGUGGAAGCCAGGAGAGACACAUUGGGUGGUGACAUUAGGAAAAGGGACUGUGGCUAUAACGUAUCUAAUGAAAAUACAAAAAUGUCUUCAUUCACUAUAGUGCUUCAAAUGACUUAUUAA